AGAGAGAGAGAGAGAGAGAGAGAGAGAGAGAGAAUUGUGCAUAUAAUGUAGGGCUAAUUUCUGAAAAUUGUAGCAAGGGUUAAGAGUGGCGGCCAAUUUAUGUAAUUGUUCCGCCUUUAAUGCGAGGAUAAAGACCCCCAGAACGUAAAACAGUGUUGCGUGAGAUUGAAUGCACUAGCUUCAAUGAUCACGUGUGGUAAUUUGAAUUUCUAUUGUUAACAUGUGGUUGAUUAAUAUUAUCAUACAGCAAUGCCUAGUUUUUAUGUUAUAUGAUUAAUGAAGUAUACCUAAAAGGAAAGUAAAUAAACACACACACACACACACACACACACACACACACACACACAAUGAAAUAAAAAAAAUGUUUCCGUCAAGCCGACCCUCGCAGCCAUGUACUUCACCGAGCUGCAGACAAUUAUAUUUCUGUUUUUAAUUCAGGGCACACAAAACAUAAUUUCAAAUAAAUAAACUCAAAACAUAAAUCAAGUACGUAGAAAAGAACUAUGUUUCUAGGCGCACACUUCCCCCGCACUUAAGAUAACAUUUCUCUGUUAUCUAACUACCUUUUUCAAGGUCACAGAUACUAUUUAAAAGGAUACGGCUAUUUUUAUCACCGUUUCGCCACAAUAAUCAUUGUUAAAAGUCCAGUAUUGAUUUUGAGGGUAGUUUUUAAAAAGGUCAAAAAGAGUUGUGUUCACCACACUACGCCACCGCACUUGACAGUAAUGUUGAGAAUGCGCGCUCUGAGUGACCCAGUCAGCUGUUUAGAUUCAAGUAGAACGGAUAAUUUCCUCUUUGCUCUAUAAUGAGAGGAGGAAAUAUUCUAAUGUGUUGUUCACUUUGAAUACUGAAACAUGGACGGGAAUCAAGUGGAACUAAACGAGGAAUACGCCCGGAAAGUGAGGCCCACGACGAUAUUCUACAUUAUAGUGGCCAGCUUCGGGGCCCUGGGAAAUGUCGCCGUAGUGCUUGUGUACUGUGUUCGUAUGAAGAAGCAGGACAACCGGUAUUUUAUUCCUAUCCUAGCCUGUGUGGAUCUCAUUGGAUGUGUCACAAACGCUGUGUACUUUCAUUUAGACGACACCUCCCAGUUUAUUUACCCGAGUGAUAUAUUAUGUCGUCUACUUUCGUUUUUGGUUAUUUUCAAUAAUGGAGUGUCCGGUCACAUCAUCCUCGUUAUUGCCCUCCAGCGAUACAUGAUCUUAUGUCGCCCGUUCAAUCGACAGCUUAACAGACCACUCAGGCGACUGGCACUUGUCAUAAUAUGUGUGUUAUCAUUGAUAUACGCCUCUCCGGUUUUAUUUUCGAGUGGGAAACUAAAAAUGACAUUACUCUACAACGGACAUAACGUGACAGCGGAGGGGUGCACGUAUAGCAGCAACAUAGAGUCGCCCACCUUCUUCCGCCACGUGUAUUUCGGAAUUUUGUUAGCUCUGAUUUUAUUAAAUAUUAUCAUUACGGCGUGCCUGUAUAUCCCAGUUAUAAGGAAAAUUUACCACACCUUCACGAGAUUGAAAAGAAUGUCGUUCGUGAGUCAGAAUCUGUCCAGAAAGGAAGACGAAAGCGAAGCGCCAUCUAUCAACCACUGCAGCGAUGAAACUGAGGCUGACCACGGUGAUGAAUCGAACAUGGAGAAAAAGUCGGGGAGAACCUGGACAACAGGGUAGAUGCACAGAGAGAGAGAGAGAGGAAAGAGAGAGAGAGAGAGAGAGAGAGAGAGAGAGAGAGAGAG